UGUGGGAGGAUAUUUGUAUCAGUAGAGUUUAUUUUGUUUCCAAGAUGGACAAAUUGAUCGACAGAGUUAAAACUCUUAAUGCUAAACUUGAGAAAUAUAAAAUAGAUUGUCAAGAAAAUGAAUUUUUGUUAUCUUCUGAAGAUAAAAUUUCAAAACUAAAUAUCUUACUGGACUGCAUGGUGGAAGAGAGUACUGUCGAUGAUCAGAAGCUUAUCUUGAAAGAGUAUACUCAGGCUUUGAUGGACUUAACUUUCUUUCAAGAAGGUGUGUUAGUUGAAAAAGAAUUCUCCAGUGAAACUGCUGAGACAGAGGUACUUAGUAUAUUAGAUGCAUUUAUUGAAGUGGAGCAAUUCUGUAUAGAAAUUGUGAAUUCUGAUGUAGAAGAAGUUGUUGGAAUAGAAUUAGUUGAAUGUCUUCACUGGAGGAAGGGUGCUUUACUAUACAUGUACUGUAACAUACGAACUCGAAACGAGACAUGGAUUAAGAAUCACCAGGAUGAAUUUUUUAAGUUCCUCUCUAGGGGGGUGGAAUACUUGAAGAUCAUGUUGUCCACUAGAGAUGUGAUCAGGGUUGAUUCCAAAGAUGAACAGGAUACGCUGAAGCUUCUACAACAUGGUAUCUUUAGUGACACUCACAUGUUAGCCCUGAUGUACGGAGCUGAGAUGUGCUACUGGUAUGUGUACUACACCAAGCUGUGGAACAACAACGAAGACACCAUCGUACAAAAUACCUCAACCCUACAACACACUGGUGUUGAAUUGCUUCAGUUGUACAUGAAGAUGGUGGAAGGGCCACUCAGUGGUUUAGGAUGGAACUGUGAUAGGGCCAGAGAACUUUUAGAUUACCUAAUAGCCAGUUAGAAGGACCUGAUAAUUGCUGUUGGACAGAAAACUAAACUGGUUUGGGGUAGUUGUCAAACUGACAUCUGUUAUUGAAGAACUGAAUUAUUGGACAUAUCAUCAGUCACGAUAGCAUUAUGGCAAGAGUUUACAACAUAUCAUAGAUUUUUUGUUUAUUCUGAUAUACAUAAAAAUAUAUCAAUAUUGUAAAAUGCUUAUAUUUCCUAGAAUAUCCUUGUCACAAUUGUUUCUAAAAUUGAGUAUGAUACCCUUAUUUAACCCUUUCCGUGUCAGGUUAUAAUGCAUGAUAACAUGCAAAUAAAUUUGGGCAAGUAAUUAAAAAUUUGGCAAAAAUAGUUUCCCCAAAUUAACUCGUGCAAAUAUUUUUUGGGUAGAUCACGGAAAGGAGGUUAAUUAACUGGGUAAGAAAACAAUAAAGAAUGGUGAAUUAUAAUGUUAUAGAGAGCUGAUAAAAAAAUUAGUCUUCUUCUUCUAGGGAUGUUCAGAAAGGUGCUCUAUGUUUCUAGAUGCUUCUGUUGUAGUUUCAUUAAGUGGGUUGCCCACUAGAUUAAACAAAACUGAUAAUCACAUACUUCUUGACAAACGUUCCUCUAGAAGACAAGAAAAAAAACCUAUGAAAACUGUAAUGCAUAAUUUAGUGCUGUAUGUUACUGAUUGAAUCUUAUUUAAGUCUGUUAUUACUUAAAAUUAUAAAUUGCCAUCCUUUUUAAGAUCUUCCCUUUCUGAAAUAAACUUGUAAUCUUGUUUAAUAUUCUUCAUUUCAGGAAUACACAACUUGUUACCUUGUUUAAUAUCUUUCCUUUCUGGAACACACAACUUGUAAUUGUGUUUAAUGUCUUUCCUUUCUGGAAUACACAUCUUGUAAUUUUGCUUAAGAUCCUUACUUUCUGGAAUACACAACUUGUAAUUGUGUUUAAUACCUUUCCAUUCUGGAAUACACAACUUGUAAUCAUGUUUAAUGUCCUUCUUUCUGGAAUACAUAAUUUGUAAUCAUGUUUAAUGCCCUUCCUUUUUGGAAUUCACAACUUGUAAUCAUGUUUAGUAUCCUUCUUUUCUGGAAUACACAACUUGUAAUCUUGCUUAAGAUUUUUACUUUCUGGAAUACAUAACUUGUAAUCUUGCUUAAGAUUCUUACUUUCUGGAAUACAUAACUUGUAAUCAUGUUUAAUGUCUUUCCAUUCUGGAAUACACAACUUGUAAUCAUGUUUAAUAUCCUUCUUUUCUGGAAUACACAACUUGUAGUUUUGUUUAUAAAUCCUUAAGUACUGUUUCUUGAUAUGAUGACUUAUCUUUUGUAUAAUCCUGUAAUGAUACAUAGAUUAUUUGUAAUGAUAGUUUGAAAUAUAGAUUCACUUCUCUGGUCA